GUGGAAAACUAAUCACUGCUCAUGUAAACGUGGUCAUGGGCGAGAAAGGUAAGAAAGGUAAUGCUGCCCUCCACAGGUCAAUGUUCUUCAGUGCAGCACUCGUCCUUUUCUAAUACCUUCUCAUUUUUCUGUGUGUCGAACAAAACCCCUGUCAUCAAAGCCGUGUCACCUGGCAUCAAAGUCAAAGUCAUCUGUGCCGUUUGGGCAAUAAAGGACAUUAAAGGAUCAAAGGCCAGGGACUAUACAUAUUUCAGAGCCAGUCAUUUGGACAGAAGACACAAGUUCUUCAGUCUGGACACCAACAGUUUCACUGGUUCAGACACAAUGACACCAUGGAGAUAAUGACCUCCACAAUCCAGGAGACAAUGAAAAAAUGGCCGACAUGUAGAAACGAGCCAAAUCUCACAAAGACUGAAAGGUCGAAGGAGGUUGAAGGAACUGAGGAACCCAGGACGAACAGGACUUCCACGCAGGAUGAAGGGACAACCUCCAUCUUUUUCAGAACCAGCUACGUGGACUUUGUGACCAAAUACAAGUCAUUUUACAUGCUUGGACAAGGAGGUUUUGGUUCUGUCUUUGCUGGGAGAAGACUUGCUGAUAAACUUCCAGUGGCGAUCAAACGCAUCCCACAAUCAUGCGUGAAGAUGCACCCAGUGAUAUUAAAUGAAAGGAGAUACAGGAUCCCCCUCGAGGUGCUGAUGAUGGUGAAAGCGGGUGGUGCACCAGAGUUGGUGGGUCAGUCUGCAGCUGUGUCCAUAUUGAACUGGUAUGAUCUGGAACAUGAGGUUGUUCUGGUCAUGGAGAGACCAGUCACCGCAGUGGACCUGUUACAGUAUCUCAAGAGCAAUGGUCCACUGGGUGAGGACAUGGCGAAGAUCAUCUUGAAGCAGCUGGUGGAGGCAGCCAUCCAGAUGCAUGCAGCGCGAGUCUUCCACCGCGACAUCAAAGCCGAAAACAUCCUCAUCGAAAAUCGCAGCCAUGGCCCCCGAGUGAGAGUCAUCGAUUUUGGAUGUGCUCGCAUUUUCAGAGAUUUAAAAUCCUCUUACAGCGGCUUCUCAGGAACUCCUGCAUAUGCUCCUCCUGAGUUCUUCAGAGACGGGACAUACAAGGCUGGACCCACCACCGUGUGGCAGUUGGCGGCGCUGCUCUAUGAAACGCUGCACGGAUUCUCAAACUUCAGCACAGAAGCUUUCAUUCACCAGGAAAUCAGAGUCAGCUAUUGUCUGUCGAGACACUGCCAGGAAUUCCUGGAGAUGUGUUUGAAUCUGGAGCCCGAGAAUCGAGCGACUCUGGAGCAAAUGAAGCGGCACCCGUGGCUCACAGACACAGCUGCUACCUCCACGACCCCACCUCCAAACUGCUUCACCACCUGCUGCUUCCCUUUGUAACCCUUUGUUACCAAGUUUCCCAAAAAUAUGAAUAAAUUGUAUUUUAUGUAAAAAAAAAA